GUUUCCCUCAACAAUUUUCCCGGGAAAGGAAAAAAAAAAAGCUUUAGUGAAGAAAAAAAAAAAUAGAAAGGUUUCAUUUUUUUGUUUUUUCUCAACCCAAAAUCGCAAAUCUGGAGGAAAGAAACAGUAAGAGAUUCAAAUCAGCCAUGGAAGAAGAUGAAUCAACACCGGAGAAGAAGAUAGAUUCUCAGCUGAAUCUUCCACCGUCGAUGAAUCGACCGACGGUCUCACUCGAGUCUCGAAUCAACCGUUUAAUCGAUUCAAACCAUUACCACUCUCCUUCGAAGCCUAUUUACUCAGAUAGGUUUAUCCCCAGUAGAUCUGGUUCCAAUUUCGCUCUUUUCGAUCUCGCAUCUUCUUCGCCGAAGAAGAAGGAUGGGAAAGAAGACGGGGCUGGUUCAUACGCGAGUCUUUUGAAAACGGCGCUUUUUGGUCCGGUGACGCCGGAUAAAAGCGAUGUUGUUAAUGGGUUUUCUCCGUCGCGGAAUAUUUUUAGGUUUAAGACGGAGACGCAGAGGUCUUUAGAUUUGUAUUCGCCUUUUGGUUCUGAUGAGGCUCCUGGUGUUAGCCCUAGUCCUGUUAAGUCGCCGAGGAAGAUUCCUAGGUCUCCUUAUAAGGUAUUGGAUGCGCCGGCUCUACAAGAUGAUUUUUACUUGAAUCUCGUAGAUUGGUCCGCACAUAAUGUUCUUGCAGUAGGAUUAGGGAACUGCGUGUACUUGUGGAAUGCUUGUAGUAGCAAGGUAACUAAGUUAUGCGAUCUUGGGGUCGAUGACAGUGUUUGCUCUGUGGGUUGGUCACUACGUGGAACACAUUUGGCGAUUGGAACUAGUAGCGGAACAGUACAGAUCUGGGAUGCGGUACGAUGCAAGAGCAUAAGAACAAUGGAAGGUCAUCGUCUAAGAGUUGGAGCCUUGGCAUGGAGUUCAUCACUUCUGUCUUCUGGUAGUAGAGACAAGAGUAUACUUCAGAGGGACAUAAGGUCUCAAGAAGAUCAUGUCAGUAAGCUAAAAGGUCACAAAUCCGAAGUAUGUGGACUCAAAUGGUCUUUUGACAAUCGCGAGUUAGCAUCAGGCGGAAAUGACAAUAAGCUUUUUGUAUGGAACCAACAUUCAACACAACCGGUUUUGAAAUACUGUGAACAUGCCGCAGCAGUGAAAGCCAUUGCCUGGUCACCACAUGUUCACGGGCUUCUUGCUUCCGGUGGCGGCACUGCUGAUAGAUGUAUUCGUUUCUGGAACACAGCGACAAACACUCAUUUAAGUUGCGUAGACACCAACAGUCAGGUGUGUAAUCUGAUGUGGUCUAAGAACGUGAAUGAACUUGUGAGCACACACGGAUAUUCCCAGAACCAAAUCGUCGUUUGGAAAUAUCCAACCAUGUCUAAAUUGGCAACUCUCACUGGUCACACGUUCCGCGUUCUGUACCUUGCAGCCUCACCCGAUGGACAGACGAUUGUGACAGGAGCAGGAGAUGAAACCCUUAGAUUCUGGAAUGUCUUCCCUUCCCCGAAAUCUCAGAACAGGGAAAGCGAAAUCGGGGCAUCAUCUUUUGGUAGAACAACAAUCCGGUGAAAUGUUGACAUGAUUAUUAUCAUUUUUUAAUUCUAAUCUCCUCCGGUGAUAAAAGAAGAAGCUAAUUCACAGAGAUUUUGGCUGUUUGUCCUCCUAACCCAACCUCCCAGAGAUUUUGUGAAGUCUUUUCUUAUGAAUAUUCAAAAAUUAGUUGAAGCAACUAAAAUGUCAUAUUAACGAUGAUAGCUUUUUUUUGUGUGUGAUCUGGGUUUUCUUUAGGUUUUUUUUCCCCAUGUAUAGAUUGAAUUCUUUUUUUUCUGUAUAUAUGAAUUUUUUUUUCUUAUCUUUUAUCUACAGCAAUGAGAAUGUAAGAUGUAGAUUUCUCCUUACCCAGAGUUAAAUGUUAUAAGGACCACCAAUGUUAUAAGGACCACCAA